CAUUUAAGGUUUUAAAAAAGAUUUGGCAGAGGAAGACUUGAGCUUUCCGGUGCCUGCGGACACCUCCCUCUUGUGCUCAGUCUUGGCCUCAGGACUUUGCUCUUGGUACACAGGAUUAUUAUUUCUCUUGCUCCUUUUAAUUUUUUUUUUCAGUGGCCUGUAGUAAUAGCUCUCUAGGGGAUCUUGGAGAGGGAGCGUCGCAAGGAAGACGUGUGGCGAGAUCCCUGCUGUGCUUUCCAACUCUGGCAGGCUGAAAUGCAACAUGGAGAGCCUUUCCCAUCAUUUCCCACCUGCUUUAGUUUCCUUUUUUCCAGACCCUCUGAGGCCAAAGGCUCAGGAAAUGCUCCAGGAAGAGGGAGCGGCUGUAGCACUGUGUCAAAUGCAGAACUGGGGGAGCAUCUGAGAACUGCGGGAUGCUAUAACCCUCGGUUGUCCUUGGCGUCUUCCCUUCUGGCUUUCAGUUUUACCUCUGAAAGUGCCACCUGCUGCUCUCCUGAUCUGCCCAUGUGCAAAGAGAGGGACCGAUCCUGAUCAACAGCCUCUAGGACUCAGCGAUGGCCGAAGGGGAAUCGCAGAAACUGCUCCCCCGGUUAGUUCAGGAAGGGAAGCUCGCCCUUCUUAAGGAAGAGAUUCAAAAGGUGGCCGGUCUGAGCAAGGACGUACAGAAGAAGCACUUUGGGAGGUCGGGAGACACGCUGCUCCACUACGCCGCCCGGCACGGGCAGCUCAGCAUCCUCAGGUGGCUGGUUGAGGCCUUUGACGUGGACGUCGAGCUGCUUAAUCACGACUACAAGCAGCCACUCCAUGAAGCUGCUUCCAUGGGCCACACAGACUGCGUUCUGUACCUGCUGAACAGAGGGGCAGCCGUGGACUGCUUGAAGAAAGCCGACUGGACUCCCCUGAUGAUGGCUUGUACGAGGAGGAACCUGGAGGUCAUCCAAGUCCUCGUCCAGCGUGGAGCAAACCCACUGCUGAAGAACAAAGAUGGCUGGAACUGUUUCCAUAUAGCCAGCCGGGAGGGGGACCCCCGGGUUGUCCGGUACCUGCUGGAUGUCUCUCCUAGCAUCUGGGACACCGAGAGCAAGAUCAAAAGGACCCCUCUGCAUACAGCAGUGAUGCACGGUCGCCUGGAGGUGGUGGAGGUGCUGCUGGACAGGUGCCGCUACGAGCCGGACAGCAAGGACAAGUGCGGAGUCACUCCCUUUAUGGACGCAGUCCAAAACGGGCACCUCGCCGUUGCCCGGCUGCUUCUGGACAAGCACAAGGCGUCCUGCAGCGCCAGGGAUGCCCUGGGCGCCCAGCCCCUGCACCAGGCGGCCGUCACUGCGCAGGACGAUGCCCUUCGCUUCCUCGUCUCGGACCUGGGCGUCAACGUCAACGCGGCGGCCACCUCGCUCCAGCUCACCGCGCUGCAUUAUGCCGCCAAGGAAGGGCAUGCAGGCACAAUCAAGACGCUUCUUUCUCUUGGAGCUGAUCUGAAUGCUAAGGAUGGGAAAAAUCGAACAGCCCUGCACAUGGCGUGCGCCAGGCAGAACGCCGAAUGCGUGCAACUCCUCCUGCAGGCAGGGCUGCGAGACUCCCCGGACAGCACCGGAACGCUCGCGCGGCAGCUGGCGAAGAAGCCCAGCCUUCUCCAACUGUUCGAGGAUUCACAUGCAACCGGCAUGUGCCAAAGAGAAUAAAAUCCUUUCCUUCCAGCCGCUCCGAGCUCCGUUUCCUAGUGGGACUGCAAGACAAGCCACUAACAGGGGAGCAGCCACCGUGUGAAGCCCACAUGACCCACACUGCGGAAGCUGGUUGUUUCGGCUGCCCAGCUGUGCGCACCUGGCGCGUUCAGCUGGGGGGCUCACGUGGGAUCUCAGCCCCACGUUUGCCGACCUCCCAAGGACAGCAAUGGAAGAAGGUCCAUUGGAUCAGAGCCAAGUCCUAUCCCAGCCUUCCCUUCCCUUCCCCUCCAGGUGGAGCAUGCUGGGAGCUGUAGUCCAACACAUCCAGACGGCACCAGGGCGUGAAGACUGAUCUGUUCGGUGCAGCAUCUUUCGCGGUGGUGGCCAAAGGGCUGACCAUGAGAAGCCCACAAGUGGGAGAGGAAUGAGACGGCAGCCCCCGUCCCCCAGGGGUGCCCUGCAGGCCCCCUGCCCCCAGUCCAGUAGACCAGCGGUUUUCAACCCCUGGUCCAUGGGCAGGCGUGGGGGCUGGCUGUGCUCCACCACCUCUUCCUCCAUUGGCAUAGCUUUGGUGCACGGGGGCCAUCAAGGGGGCCGGGGAGAGGAGAGACGGCUCAGUGGAAACCAUGCUGCGCUGAUUUCGGUAUUUUGUUCUUUUGUUGGCAUUUUGUGUUGCCUGGUUUCUGGUUGUU